CUUAUCCAAGAUAACUUUAAUAUUCCAAUAUUUACCACACUUACAAGACAGUCGAAUGUAUCAGUUGUGUGUAAGUGUCGGAAUAAAAUGGAAUAUAACAAAAUUAUAUUUAUAUCGCUGUUAGCGAUUUCGUUAACAAAAUGUGAUAACUGCGUUACAAAUGAUUUCGGACUAAAUUUUUAUGAUAGUUUUACAAAUGGUAAUCCUGUGUGUGCUGGUAUGGCUACGUGGAGCUUGGGAAACUACAGUGUUGCUGGUGUCGAAAGCCCCCAUCAAGAAACGGAUUUGUUUAUAACACCUGAUGAGAAUCUGAGUUGUAUAUCAUCGUAUGAUUUCGAAAUGACGGCGGGUGGUAUACUAGAGAUCUACGUUUACAUGGAUUCAAAAUCACAACGGGAUCAGAUCGUUGCGCUUGCUAACGAAGUUUCGAGUACCGGGAAGACAAUCGUCACGGGCACUGAGAUAUUGACACCUCUUAACCCUGAUUAUUUCAAUGGAUGGCAUGUUUUGAGAUUGCACUUGAUCAGCAACGGAAUUUUUAGUGGAUAUGUGUCAUUCCUUGGAGUAGCAGCAAAAGAGUCUACGGUUAUUAUAGAUUCAUUCCGAUACAUCCCACCACAGUAUGAUAAUGAGUGUAACGUUUACGACGGAGAAUUUGUUACAAGUAGUCCUCCUGUAAGGCCUGAACCUCCAGAAAGCUGUGUAGCUUACAAUUUUGAAACAGACUUUGAAACACUUUUUACCAGUGAUAGCGGAGUAUGCACUGGCUUCUCAAAAUGGGACUUAUACAACUAUAUUACUGUGCCCGUUAACCACCCAAGUGAAGAAAGCUUUCAGUUUAUAGCACCACAGUCUUCUAUAAGUUGUAUUUCCUCAUUUUCAUUUAAUGCUGAAGCUGGUGGCGUGGUGGAAGUCAAUGUAUAUAUGGAUUCUAAAACUAACACUGACCAAAUUGCAGUACUUGUUAAUAAAAUAGCAGAUGAUAACACUGAUGUUGUAAUCGGUAGUACAGUGCUGACACCUUUGAAUGAUAAUUACGCUGAUGGGUGGCAUGUUCUUCGUGUUACUCUAUCAGGCAAUGGAAAAUUUAAUGUCUUUAUAUCAUUCCUUGGUCUGGGAUCUGCAAAAUCUAUUGUUCUAGUUGAUUCGUUCAGAUACAUUUCACCAACAUUCUCAAAGGAAGAAUGUCAAAUAUACGAAGAUGAAAAAUUCGAAACAACAACAACAGUUCCCAUAACAACAGUAGCUCCAGUCGGUACAGGCGAAGAGUGUGUCACUUACAAUUUUGAACAAGAUUUCGAAAACGCAUUUGAUACCAACAAUUUGUUAUGCAGCGGAUAUUCUACAUGGCAUCUAGGAGAUUAUCAUUCUCUGUCCAUUGAUAGUAUUAACCCUAACAGCAAUACUUUCAUUGCACCAAAUGAUACAUCUAGUUGCGUCUCUUCGUUCGUCUUCAGAAUGAUGCCAGGAGGUGUUGUGAAAGUCAACACAUUUAUGAAGUCAGUUUCAAAAUUAGAUUACGUAAUCGUUUUGGCAAAGAAGAGAGUACCUUCUGGUGAGGAUACAGUAGCAGGAUUUACUUUAUAUUACGCUUCUAACGCUAAUUUCGUUGAAGGGUGGAAUGUAUUACAAGUAACUGUAAACGAUUUCACAACGUUCGAUGGCUAUAUCACGCUGCUCGGGUCCACUUCAGAAGAUUCGAUAGUUUUGAUUGACUCAUUCAGCUACACUCCACCUAACUCUGACGACACCUGUGAAAUUUACUGAAGACAAAGUUUUGGCUAAACUGUUAUCUGCCGUCAUAUUGUUGAAAGUAAGGUGGUCUCCACUCUAGAAUACCAAUCUAAGGUUUAAGUAUGAGUAUUAUCAUAGAUUUGAUGUUAAAAUAAAUUACUAGAGGAUUAAAGCCAUAAUUAGUUAAGGUGACAAGGUGCACUUAAAGGGUAAAAGGUUAAAAAAUAAGCAAGGGUGAAGUAAGGCCCUUUAUGAUCUAGGCCUAGUUGUGACUGAGCUGGACUCUAUAGGUAAUGUAAACAAUUAUAAAAAAAUAUUUAAAACGUUUGUACAAUAAUUAUAUAAUAAAAUAUUUAUACAGCAAAGAUUUUACUUUCAACAAAAUGACGAGAGAUUGGAAGACGUUAACAAAACCUAUUAAAUUAUGAAUCAUUUA